GAUGGCCUGAAAGUGACCACUUCUUCCGCUUAUUUAACACCGAAUCUCAAUAGAAAUAACUUACAUAUUCUCACCCGAGCUGUGGCUUCAAAGAUAUUGUUCAGUGGUUUGAAUGCAAGAGGAAUUGUAUUUACAAGAAAUGGCAUUCAAUAUACAGUUAACGCCAAUCGCGAAGUUAUAUUAUCUGCCGGUGCCAUCGGUUCCGCUAAACUACUAAUGCUGUCAGGAAUCGGACAUAAAGACCACUUAAAUAGCCUAAACAUACCGAUGGUGUCAGACCUGCCGGUGGGCGACAAUUUCCACGAUCACACCUCAGUUGUCCUCUACUAUGAUAUCUUAAAUCAGAGCCAAUCGUAUGAGUUCGUAGAGCUGACGGUCCAAAACCUAUACGAAUAUUAUGUCAAUAAUGCGGGCGCUCUCACAAUGUUCCCAAACGCGGCCACAUAUCAGGUCACACCCGUCAACAACCAGCCCGACUGGCCCGACAUCAUGACUGAAAUGACCCGCAGUAACAACUUGUGGUAUACUUUGCCGGACAUCGUUAGACAAUACGGAACUCAUGUUAAAGAAUGGGAAGAGUUUUGGAAACCAUAUGUCGGUCGACGGCUUUUAUUAAUGUACAAUCAAAUGGUGAGACCACGAGCUCGCGGCACAGUUAGGCUCGCCUCCAGUGACCCAAACGCGCUGCCAAUUGUGGACCCAAACUAUUUGGGCGACUCGUAUGAUAUGGACUCUACCGUCAAUGGCAUCAGAAAUAUGAUAACUCGCAUCUCAACAGUUGGUCCGUUCGCCGCACAGACCCGUCGAAUAACCACAACAGUUCCCGGAUGUGUCAAAUGCGCCGGCGAUGACACUUGCGAUUCAUACCUCAGGUGUUUAGUGAGACAAACAGCGCAAGCAGUCUAUAGACACGUCGGGAGCUGUCGGUGCGGUUCGGCCAACGAUAGCAAAGCUGUGGUCGAUGAGAGACUACGAGUGAUAAACGUGAGGGGACUUCGAGUGGUGGACGCGUCGAUAAUGCCUCAAGUGGUUAACGCCAACCAUUUGCCCGCAACUGUUAUGAUCGCUGAAUACGGAUCACAAAUGAUUAGAGACGACCAAAUGUGA